GAUCCCUAAGGGCAGUCAUAUACCCUGGUUUUCUCAUUCCACUGUGUCAGCCAGUGCCUGCCCUGGUCUAGGCCACCUCUCUGCCCUGGCAGAGUGGGGGGCCAAGCAGGACAUGAGGUGUUUAUCAGGCCCUCUUCUGCCCCACUGAUGAAAUGGGCAAGGGGCUGGAAAGGGGCUGUCUUGGUUGCUUGAAAUACUCCUGCUGCUCAUUAGGUCCCAGAAGCUAAAGCUGUCUUGUGCUUAAGGGUCUUAGGGGAAAAGGUUGACAGGGCAAAAUGGGCCCUGCCCUUGUUCCCCAGGCAGCCCUUGAAAGACCACCUCCCCCCUGCCCAGGCCCACACUGUGGCCUGUGCAGAGCUGGUGGCUGCCUGGUCAGAGCCAGUGGUCACCAGAGUACAGCUCCUCCUUCUACCCUUGUCCCUUCCUGUUUUCCUGGUGCUGUCUCAGGCCCAUCUGAGGAGAGGUGAGAGCAGGUAGGAUAAGAUGUUCCUGUCCCUCACUAGCUGGCUUGCCUGUGCCAGCCUCUGCCCUGGGACCCUUUCUCAGCCAGCCCCCAAUUUAGCACAUCUGUGGUCAUGACUGUCCCCAUUUCCCAGAUGAAGCAACCAGGGUGGAACUGUAGACAAGGCUGAUUCCAGUCAGUGAUAUUGGCCUCUGGGGGCUCAGAGCUGUUGUCUGCAUGUGUAUGUGUGUGUAUGUGGGUGUUAGGGAUGUAAGGAGUGGUGGGGGCUGUAUGAGAGCAUUUUUAGUGCGGUGGCUGUCUCCAAAAGGAGACACUGGUGUAACAAGAUCAGAUAGGAAUGUGAGCCAAGUGCUAAGAAUAGAACUGGGCACAGGUUUCUGGCUCAUGUGUUGCACAUCAAUGUCAGCCAGGAAGUCAUCAGCUGGAGCGAGAGAACAGAGGUGGGCUGGGGGAGUGGAGCCCAAGUUUCCAGGGGUUGGGGGCAGAGUCCAACUCAGGUCAUAAACAGAGCUGAUAGGAGACAGUCUGUGGAAAGGGCAAGAGUUGGGACCUAGCAUACUGUGAGUCAGGACCAAGGAGGUGAGCUGGUGCUUAGACAAAGCUCCACCUGACCCCCAUGGCCUUCCUGGUGGCUGGGACCCUGCAGGCGGCCUCACAGUUGGCUGAUGCUCAAGACAGCCUGGGGAGAAAGGGGGAAUACAGCCUGCAGGGUUCAAGAGUGGCCCUGACACUCAGCAGCCAUGGGGUGUCCACUGCUACCGUUGCUGCCCUGGACUGUGUGUUCCGGUCCCUGGGCUUUGAAAACUGUGAGAAGAGGAAGACCUCUGUUCAGGUAAGCCUCAUUCCUCAUCCCCACCCCCAGCACCCAUCUCACUUGGGACCUUCAUGGACUCAGGCCAGGCCAUGGCUCUUGCCCUAGUGCUUUUUUGAGGAGCUGGUGUGGUUUCAGGAGCAGCUGGAUGCCCACAAGGGACCUGUGGGCUGUGCCCUUGUAGCCUUAGUGGCCCCCAGUGGGCAGCUGAGGCACGUACAGCUGCUGGUCCGGGAGCUGAGUCGCUGUGGGGCUCUGAGGGGCUGCCCCAAAGUCUUCCUCCUGCUCUCAAGUGGCUGUGGUGCUGCACUGGCCUGAGGGAGCUCUGUGGCCGCUCUCCUCACUGGUCCCUGCUGCGACUGCUGACAGAGGUGGAGGCCUUAGAAAGCAAUGGUGGUCCUGUGGUCACCCUGGCCCUACUGUGCUGUCCUGAGCUAGUUCCAGUUAAAUUCUUUCACAUACCUGGCCCCCAUUUAUUCUACAAACCUUUAUUGCCUACACAUUGUAUAGGCCUUGGGCACAGCUCUGCCUCACAUGGGACCCCCAGACAUCCAGGCUGCCUCACGUUCCAUGCCCUUGUCCAAGCAGCUCUCUCUGUGUGGCAUGCCUCCCUGUCCCUCCUAGGCUAUCAGCAGUGGCCUUCCUUGUGGUCUGGGCAUCCAAACUGGUAUUUCCAGCUGUCCAUUUUGACACUCAUCCAGGCAGUGAUUAAUGUCACUGAGGGACUGGGACUGAUUCAGGUCUGGUCCUGGGGUCUGAAGUUCUCACUGCGCAGUUGGGUGGUGGCUGGGUGAUCCUGUAGGUGAUCCUUCAGGCCUCAGCUCUUCUCCAUAGCUCUGACAGGAAAAUGCCUAUGGAGAGCCCUCCUCCAUAGGCCUGCUCCAUUCUAGUGAGGUCCCUGCCUUUGUGCACACUAAUCCCUGAAGCAGGGCAGGAGGUAAUGAUACAGCCACUGUCCACUUGAGGCCAGGGAAGUCAAUGACCUAGAGCCUGAACUAGACCUGAGGUCUUGUUUAGGACUAUCCUUCCUCCUCAUCCUCCUCCCUCCCUUCUGGCAGUUAACCCCCAAGAGCCUGUAGUAGCCAGGAAUCUGCCAAGUCUUUCCCUGGAGUCAGGGUCCCGUCACCUGCUUGGGUUGUGCCCCUCCCCUGAGAUCCCUCACUGAGAAGCCCCUCUUAGGUAUCCUGGGGUCCCACACUCCCAGCUGUUCUGCAGGGUAGCUGAAGAGUCUACUGGGGACACCUACUGCCUGUUCUUUCAGAGCUCCUUGAGGGGAGUACUAUGCCUGGGAGGUGUGGAGCCCUGGAUGCCUGAGCCAGAACCCAGUCCCAGGGCUCAGUAUGACCUGUUGGGGGUCAAGGCUGCCCUCCUCCUGGCUGUGAUCCAAGACCGGCCCGGAGCACAGCAUGAUGUGAAGGCACUGGGGGACCUGUGCCGGUCCCUGGGUUUCGAGAUCACCUUGAGAAUGGACCCUACAGCUCAGGGGUUCCAGGCAGAGUUGGCUCAGUUCCGAGAGAGGCUGGACACCUGUAGAGGCCCUGUGAGCUGUGCCCUUGUGGCCCUGAUGGCCCAUGGGGGGCCACAGGGGCAACUGCUGGGGGCUGACGGGCAAGAGGUGCAGCCAGAGGCACUGGUACAGGAGCUGAGCCACUGCCGAGCACUAUGGGGCAGACCCAAGAUCUUCCUGCUACAGGCCUGCUGUGGGGGAAACAGGGACGCUGGUGUGGGGCCAGUGGCUCUCCCCUGGUAUUGGCGCUGGCUUCGGACACCUCCAGCUAUCCCUACACAGGCAGAUGUCCUCCAGAUCCAUACUGAUGCCCAAGGCAGCCCCUCCAGGGGCCCCAUUUCAGGAAGCUCUGAUCAAGCAGACAUCCUGACAGUUUAUGCAGCCACUGAGGACUGUGUGGCCUAUCGGGAUGAGAAGGGCUCUGACUUAGUCCAGACGCUGGUGGAGGUCCUCAGAGCCAACCCCAGGGGAGACCUCCUGGAGCUGCUGACCGAGGUCAACAGGCGGGUGUGUGAGCUGGACGUGCUGGGGCCAGACUGCAAUGAGCUCCGCAAGGCCUGCCUGGAGAUCCGCAGCUCCCUCCGGCGCAGGCUCUGCCUGCAGGCCUAAGGGCCCUGCUACAGCCGCCCGAUCCACUCCUUGACUUCUUCAGGACAAAGGGGCGGGCAGCCUGGGCAUGGGCGUUUAAUUGGCGUUCAAUAAAUACCUGUUAAUGAUU